AUGGACUCGGACGCCAGCCUGGCGUCCAGCCGCCCGUCCUCGCCGGAGCCGGACGAGCUGUUCCUGGCGGCCCGCGGCAGGGCCGGCGGCGGCGGCUUCUGCGGGGCCACCGUGUCCUCGUCCACGCCCAGCGACGGCGCGCCCGAGCCGGGCCCGGAGCGCGGCGGGGCGGGCGCGGCGGGCGCGCUCGCGGGGGACCGGCCGGGCGGCGGCGGCUGCAGGGCGGCGGGCGCGGCGGCGGCGGCCGCGGCCACCAGGAAGGACAAGAAGCAGCUGACGGAGCCCGAGCUGCAGCAGCUGCGCCUCAAGAUCAACAGCCGCGAGCGCAAGCGCAUGCACGACCUCAACAUCGCCAUGGACGGGCUGCGCGAGGUGAUGCCGUACGCGCACGGCCCGUCGGUGCGCAAGCUCUCCAAGAUCGCCACGCUGCUGCUGGCGCGCAACUACAUCCUCAUGCUCAGCAGCUCGCUGGAGGAGAUGAAGCGGCUGGUGAGCGAGCUCUACGGCGGCCACCACGCCGCCUUCCACGCCGCGCCCUGCGGCGGCCUGGCCCACGCCGCGCCCCUGCCCGCCGCUGCCGCCGGGCACCCCGCGGCCGCGCACCCCGCGGCGCACCACCCGCUCCUGCCGCCCGCCGCCGCCGCGGUGUCCGCCGCCGCGCUGCCCUCGGUGGGCGCCCUCCGGCCCCCGCACGGCCUGCUUAAGGCCCCGGCGGCGGCGGGGGCCCCGCUGGGCGGCGGCGGCGGGGGUGGCGGCGCGGGCUUCCCGCACUGGGGCGGCGUGCCCUGCCCCUGCAGCAUGUGCCAGGCGCCCCCGCACCCCCAUGUGGCGGCCCUGGGCGCGGGCGGCCUGCCCCGCCUCGCCUCCGACGCCAAGUAG